UAACAUUCUAAGAAGAAUAUGAUCACACCACCAAAAAAACAAAACAAUGGCUUUCCUCUUGCCAACAACCUUAGCCAUUAUUGCUCUUGUUUUUUCAUUUGCUCAUGCUUUUGAUCCAAGCCCUCUUCAAGACUUCUGUGUUGCGGCAAAUGAUCCCAAAGCUACUGUUUUUGUGAAUGGAAGGGUUUGCAAAGAUCCAAAACUGGUGACAGAAGAUGACUUCUCCACAUCCGGUUUAAAUGUCAGUGGAAAUCCGGCAGGCGGCGGCGUAUCCCUCAACACCGUCGGCGCUGACAGAAUCGCCGGACUAAACACACUUGGCAUAUCGAUGGCUCGUGUGGAUUACGAAUCUGGGGCAUUGGCCGCGCCCCAUUCACACCCUCGAGGAACUGAGUUGCACUUGGUUUUGGAGGGCACGCUUGAAAUUGGCUUCAUCACGGCGGAUCCGAGUAAUCCGACGAAGAAUCGUCUCUACGCCAAAACAUUGAACGCCGGAGAUGUUUUCGUGAUUCCCCCAGGUUUACUUCACUACCAAGCAAAUGUGGGGAAAGGUAAGGCAACUAGUUUUAACAGUUUAAACAGCCAAAAUCCCGGCACCCUCCUCGUUCCCUCUCAACUUUUUGGAUCUGUUCCGACUAUAUCCGAUGAUAUCCUCUCCAAAGCUUUUAGAGUGGAUAAGGAAACCAUUCAACUUAUAAGGUCAAAGUUCGCCUAGGUGUGAACUAAUUUGUAGCACCCCAUGAUGUAAACAUGAGUUUCAGUUUUCUCUUUGACAUUUUUAAUAAAAAAAAAUAAGUAUUUAUGACUGUACUA